CCACCCCCCGAGCCUCCAGAUCCUCCUGAUUCGCCGACUCCUUCCAUUUCCACGUGCUCAUCGCACUUUGUCGCGUCCUUUGACAGGGAGAUGCCAUCCGCACCUAUCCCUACGCCGACUCCUUCCACUCCUGCUUCAGACGUUGUUGCUGCUAAGGAGUUUGAUGACCUCCUAGCGACCUUGCAACCAAGCGUCGCUACUCUCCUUCGCGAGUAUCGCGAUGUCCUUCCUUCAUCUGUCUCCUACAGUAGCAUUCCUCCUAUGCGUGACAUCGAGCACCGCAUCCAGCUCGAACCGAACUACCGUGUCCAGCAUCGAGCCCCAUACCGCCUCUCGGUCCCCGAAGCCCAGGAACUUAAACGCCAGAUCGACGAGCUGCUUCGUCAGGGCUUCAUUAAACCGAGCACGUCACCGUGGAGCGCACCAGUCCUCUUCAAUCGAAAGAAGGACGGCGCCCUCCGCCUCUGUCUCGAUUACCGCGGCCUCAAUCAGUAUACGGUCAGAAACAGUUAUCCCAUGCCCCGCGCAGAUUACCUGUUUGACUGUCUCGCUGGCCACCAUUUUUUUACGAAGAUUGAUCUUCGCAGCGGAUACCACCAGAUCCGCGUGGCCAAGGAGGACCAGCACAAGACCGCGUUUCGCUCUCGAUUUGGACACUACGAGUUCACUGUCAUGUCUUUCGGCCUCCGUAACGGUCCUGCCACCUUCCAGAUGGCUAUGAACACGAUGUUCCARGACCUUCUCGAGGACUUUGUUCUAGUCUACAUUGAUGACAUCCUGAUCUACAGUCGUACCUUAGAGGAGCAUAUGACCCACCUCCGCACUGUCCUCCAGCGAUUACGCGACCACGGAUUCUACGCGAAGCCCUCCAAAUGCGCCUUCGCUCAAUCCAAGGUCGACUUUCUAGGACAUCAGGUCUCCGAGCAUGGACUCCACAUGGACGACUCGAAGAUCCAGGCUAUCGUCGAUUGGCCUACACCUACUUCUCUUCCUGCGCUACGCAGUUUCCUGGGGUUGACCAACUACUACGAUCAUUUUCUUAAAAACUACUCGCAGUACUCUCCACAGCUGACUCCUYUGACCCGCGGAUGGGCUCCACCUCCCUACACCCCUGACGUCGCUGAUGACGGCACAGUCGAGUCUCGCGAUGGAGAGUGCCCGGUUGCUUAUCUAUCUCGACAACUACUUCCUGCUGAGCGUAACUACACUGCUGACGAGCGUGAGGUCCUCGCGCUGGUUUACGCUGUUAAGAAGUGGCGUCAUCACUUACACGGUCACACAUUCACCGUCCUGAUGGACAACUCUGUCCUCGCCGCUUUCCAGACGAAGCCGACGCUUACCCCUCGCCAGGCUCGUUGGUGGCGUGAUCUCGCAGAGUUCGACUUUACCAUCAAGAAGAUUACUGGGGAAAGCAAUCGCGUAGCUGAUGCCUUAUCUCGCCGCCCCGAUCUUCAGUGCGAUGAUCGCCAGCUCUCUGCCAUUUCAUUCCCCGUCAUCCACCCUGCUUUCCUAGAUGAGUAUCGGUCGGCAUACCCCYAGUGCUCCGAGUUUCAGUCCAUCUACGCUGACUUACAGGCCGGCAAGACUGUCCCUAACUUCCAGCUCGACCCCUCUGGACUCCUAUAUUGGCUUGGUCGCCAAGGUAACCGUACUCCCCGCUUAUGUGUCCCAUCUAUCGGCCAGCUUCGUGUUCGAGCUGUCGCGGAGUGUCACGAUCAGCGUGCUGCCGGUCAUCUCGGUAUCCUCAAGACCCUUGACCGACUCUAYCGACAUUACUACUGGGAGCACCGCCGUCCUUUCACGACAGAGUACGUUCGCACCUGCAGGACCUGCCAGGAGGCCAGCAUUCCCAACCACCCUCCCUACGGCCUUCUCCAGCCCUUACCCAUUCCCACCCAGCGUUGGACCUCCGUCUCUAUGGACUUCAUCGGCCCACUUCGUCCCCCUACCCCACGAGGCCACGAUGCCAUCUUUGUUGUUGUCUGCCGAUUGACUAAGCAUGCUCACUUCCUCCCCUGCAAGUAUGCUAGUUCAGCCAAAGACAUCGCCACUCUGUACUUUAACCGUAUUGCCAUUCAUCAUGGUCUCCCCACUAGCAUUGUCUCUGAUCGCGAUCCCCGCUUCACUUCUCAUUUCUGGCGUGGACUCCAUGAGACUUAUGGAUCCGAGCUUCGCCUUUCCUCCUCCUACCACCCCCAGUCAGACGGACAGACUGAGGUCACCAACAAAACUCUUGGGACUAUCCUCAAGAAGUUUGUUGAGAAUGACUCUGAUUGGGAUCUUCAUCUUGCUCAUGCACAGAUCGCUUAUAACCACGCUAUUUCUCCCGCCACCGGCAUGUCCCCCUACUACUGUGACCUGGGAUAUCACCCCCGUGUCCCAUCUGAUCUCCUCCGUCCAUCUCAAAUUCACCCUGACACCAAAUGCCCAGCUCUCGAUGAGUGGGUAAAGGAGAUGGAUGCGCUCCUUAGCAAGGCUCGCAAGAGCAUUGCUCACUCCUAGACUCGCAUKGCGACCCGCGCCAACCGCUCRCGCAUUGACCAUC